UCAGCGCUUCGAAACUAGACGGUCAUUGGAUAAACGCUGCGAUUGUGUCCCGACUAGUGUCUCUGGGGAUGAAUGGGGAGUGGGCUGGCCCGGUCUCCGAGCUUCUGCGUGAUGAUUGGAGGGUCUGUCGAAAGACUGCAUCUCCUUUUGACUGACAGCGAUUCUGUACUAUAAGGAAUCACUGAAGCUAUUCGCGCUCAGUCCCAUCGCGGAUUUCUCAAGUUCAGUCGAAAUAAAAACUGCUGUAACCUAUUUCUUUGAUAUUUGCUUGGCGAAAUUGCUUGAUUUUCAUCAUACAUUUCACACAAUUAUACACCACAUUCCUUGUUUCAGUUUUACAGAGUUUAAUAAUUUUUUUAAGAUCAUUCAUUCAUUCAUUCCUUCAUUCAUUCAUUCAUUCAAAUAUCGUUAGUAGGCUAGGCUAGCGUAGUGGGUGAAACUGCGCACGAUGGCAGACUGUGCUAAUAUUGUCGACCUGAUUUUGGCGAAGCCAUUUGAAAGUGUUCCUUACGAGGAAAAACUUAGAAUUAAACAGCUGGGCAGAUCAACACCUAAGAUUGAUUUAGUGCAAAAGAUAGGGAAAAAUAACUAUGUCAGCAAAAUUACUAUAAAGAAACACUGGCUUUUUGGGUUCAGGCUGGCCAAUAGUCUUUAAAUAUCACCCCGUAAACUAUAUAGCCACACCAUAGCAACCCUAUAGAGCACCCUAGCAACCAUAUAGCAAUAUAAAUUACUUAUAGCUCGGCUCCACGACAUCACACAGGCAUCAUGGGUGGCUACAGGGCGCCGAGUUUUGCCACUGCAAGCACCACUCACAUUUUUUCAGCUCUCCUGGUAUGACAAAGUUAGCUGGCUGACUGGAAGUGCUGUGACAAAUAAAAUGUACUGCUGGCCAUGCCUCUUGAUGAAACCAUCUCACGGAUGUGUUGUUUGGUCAAAGGUGGGGUUUGGAGAUCUGUCUAACUUUGACAGGGCAUAUAAAAGACAUGAAAAGAGCAAUGAACAUGUGAGUGCAUGUGCAAGAUUAAGUUGCAUGGGCAGGAUCAGGGUUCAGCAUGCAAUAAAUGAAGGUGCUCGCAUUCAAGUGGCUAAACAUAAUGAAAUAGUCAAACAAAACAGGGCCUUUCUAAACCACCUUAUUGAUGUGACAUCCUUGCUUGGCCGGCAGGAGUUGUCAUUUAGGGGACUUGAUGAGAGUAGUGAAUCAUCCAACAAGGGGAAUUACAGGGAGUUCACAAAAAUUUAGCUAAAUAUGACUCUGUCCUGUCCACACAAUUCGAGUCCUCAACUGUGUUUUCUGGUAUGUCCCAUACUACUCAAAACGAUUUGAUCUCUGCUCUUGCAGCCACCGUUUAUGAUCAGAUCAGAGAUGCAAUUCAGGAUGCUCCCUUUUUUGGAUGGCAGGUGGAUGAAACAACUGAUAUAUCCUGCCGUGCCCAACUCUCUGUCAUUGUUUGCUAUGUGGAUAGUGCAGGUAAAAUUCAGGAGCGCUUUAUUGGAUUUUUUGAUGUAUUGGGGGGGCGAGAUGUCCAGUCCGUUUUUGAAAUAUUAAAUGAGAACAUGCAGGGCUACAAUUUUAAGGACAAGCUUGUGGCACAGACCUAUGAUGGGGCUGCUGUCAUGGCUUCAGAUCUCAAUGGUCUGCAGGCCAAAGUGAAAGCAAUAGCCCCCAGUGCAAUGUUUGUGCAUUGCUAUGCACACCGACUGAAUCUGGUGCUGUCACAGGGGGCUAAAUGCUUGCCUGAGUGCAGAAUUUUUUUUGCAUCACUCUCUGGAUUUGCCACAUUUUUUUCAAAAUCCACAAAGAGGACAUCUUUUCUGGAGUCUGCAGGCUGUUCAAGGUUGCCCAGAAACGCUCCUACUCGAUGGAAUUUCACAUCACGGAUAGUAAGCACUGUGGCAAACAAUUAUGAUGGCCUCCUGCAGACAUUUGAGAACAUCAUUGCAGAUAAAACAAUGGAUGAUGAUACACUGGAAUGUGCCAAAGGCUUUGUGAGGAAACUGGAGGAUUUUGAGUUUGUGUUCAUGUUGUACACAUAUGAACAAAUCUUCUCUGAGACUGAUGUGGUCUUUGAUAUUGUCCAGCAGAGGGAGAUGGAUGUUCUUUACUGCAAGAACAGAAUUGAAUCUCUUCUUGCAUUUGUCAAAGAGAAGAGGUCAGAGGGGGCUUUCAAAGCCAUUUAUGCCAAAACAGCAGAUCUCACAUCAGACCCACGAGAUGAGCCCAUGAGCCCGUCUGACCCAAUUGCAGGAUCCCCAAGUGCGAUACAGAAAGCUGUGUGAUUACUUGGUGUUCCUUAAAGACAUGGAGUUGGACAGUGCAAUGCCUCAGCUUUACAAACUGUUCUCAUUAGUGGCAACAAUUGGAGCUACAUCUGCAGGUGUAGAAAGGAGCUUCUCCUGUUUAAAGCGACUCAAGUCCUACACCCGAAACACAAUGGGCCAAGGCCGUUUAAGCAGUCUAGCUCUGCUGGCCAUUGAGAGGACACUGGUCAAGUCACUUGAAAAUACUCCUAGUUGGUACGACAGGGUCACAGACCAUUUUCUUGAAAAGGAACAUAGGGCAGAAUUUACUUUUAAAUAAAUAGACAAUUUUAUGAUGUAGGCCGAAAAUGAGGUUCCCCUCUC